AUGAGAAAAGUGAUUAAAUGUAGAAUUGCUGAUGCAAAGAAACAGUACUUUAAUCAACAAUUUCAUAACUGUAAAGAUGGUAAAUCUUUGUGGAAUUCUUUUCGCCAAGUGGGACUAAUUAAGUGUUCUGAGUCUAAUAUAAGUGUUGAUCUGGAUCUAAGUGGAUUAAAUGACUAUUUUGUUACAGUUGCUGGAGUGAUGAAUGGGCAAAUUAAUUAUGAUUGUCUUGAUAAAUGUGUACUGAUCAGCAGGAGUGUUUUUAUAUUCAAUCGUCUUGACUGUGAAACAGUAAAGAGGGCAAUAACGAGACUGACCUCCAGUUCAAAGGGACCUGAUGGAUUUGAGAUAAAGGUGUACAAAAUAUUAUUGCCUUAUUUCUUGUGCAUUAUCACGGAGCUAUUCAACCUUUCUCUCUCAACUGGUGAUUUUCCGUCAGCCUGGAGGAAAUCUUAUGUUCUGCCUCUGCCAAAAGUACGUAGCCCAGAAAGCUUUUCAGAUUACAAACCAAUCUCGCUACUCUGUACCCUAUCUAAAGCUCUCGAAAGAUGUGUUCAUGACCAAAUUGCAAGCUAUUUGGCCAUGCAUGAUCUCGAGGAUAAGUAUCAGACAGCCUUUCGACCUGGACUCAACACUCAGGAUGUUAUUUUAAAGCUAACUGAUGAUGUUCGCGCAAGUAUGGACUGUUCGAUGGUCACGGUUGCAGUGUUUUUUGACUUUAGUAAAGCAUUCGACUCGGUUGUGUUUGAUAUACUGAUUUACAAGUUAAGAGCGUUGGGUUUUGAUGAAACAGCAGUUAGCUGGGUAGUCUCAUACUUGAAGGGUUGA